AGGCAAAUCCCAUCCUCUCCUUGUCCUUCCUCCCCCAGACAAGGAGCUGAGGAUGGAGACCAGGGAGGACAAAUCCCCACGGCAGAACCUCGUGGAAGAGGCCGUUUUGAGCAGCUCCACGGCACAGGAGUCCAACGGGGAGGAAAAGCCGCGGAGAUCCCUCAGGAGGAGGGGCUCCAAAGCCAGCCCAGGGUGCUCUGAGGAGGAAAGACCCACCCUGAGCCGGGAAGGUGGCCAGAGAUGUGGCCAGAGCUCUGAGCUGGUGGUCCGUGAGAAGCUCCAGGAUGGGGAGAAGCCCCACCAGUGCUUGGAGUGUGGGAGGAGUUUCUUCACAAGGUCCCGCCUGCUCCGCCACCAGAUGAUCCACACGGGGGAACGGCCCUAUGAGUGUGGGGAGUGUGGGAAGGGCUUCAGAGACACCUCGGGUCUGCUCCGCCACCAGACCGUCCACACCGGGGAACGUCCCUAUGAAUGUGGGGAGUGUGGGAAGGGCUUCAGCGUCAGCUCCCACCUGACUGUCCACCAGAGGAUCCACACCGGGGCACGGCCCUACGAAUGUGGGGAAUGUGGGAAGAACUUCAGCAUCGGCUCUGAGCUGAGAGUCCACCAGAUGAUCCACACUGGGGAAUGGCCCUACGAAUGUGGGGAAUGUGGAAAGAACUUCAGCAUCAGCUCCAGUUUGAUCCGCCACCGGAUGAUCCACACCGGGGAACGGCCCUACCAGUGUGAGGAAUGUGGGAAGGGCUUCAGGAAGAGCUCCCACCUCGUCAGGCACCAGAUGACCCACACUGGGGUGCGACCCUAUGUGUGUAGGGAAUGUGGGAAGGGCUUCCGUGACAGCACUGACCUGAUCAUCCACCAGUCAUUGCACACCGGGGAAUGUCCCUACAAGUGCUCCGAGUGUGGGAAGAGCUUCACCCAGCGCUCCAACCUGAUCAUCCACCAGAGGAGCCACACCGGGGAGAAGCCCUACACGUGCUCAGAGUGUGGGAAGAGCUUUGCCCAGCACUCCAACCUGAUCAACCACCAGAGGGUCCACACUGGGGAGAGGCCCUACAAGUGCUCAGAGUGUGGGAAGAGCUUCUCCCAGAAAGCCAACCUUAUCGGCCACUGGAAGAUCCACACCAGGGAGAGGCCCCACAAGUGCUCAGAAUGUGAGAAGAGCUUCAUCUAUCGCUCCAGGCUUAUCGCCCACCAGCGCACCCACGCCAUGGAGGGACCCUAACAGUGUCCCCAGUGUGGGCAGAGCUUCUCCCAGAGCUCUACCGUGAGCCAACAGCAAGGGAGGCCCCGGUAAGGGAAGCCCUGCGCGUGCCCCGC